CGUUUUUCUCCCUCAUCUCGUCGUAAUCACCUCUCUUCUCCUUCAAUAAUCUCCAAAACAUCCGUCGAUUGUUGCUCCCUCUUUUCAUACUCCAUGCAACCCCCUUCACCCCCCCCCCAUUUUCAUUCGCGAGACGAGGAACAUUCAUCCCGUCAGAUGAACCUUAAUUACCUUCAAAUCGUGAAAUCUGCAAUUUCAGAUGAAAAAUCAUCACUCGAUUCGCAUCUCGGACAUGCAACCCCUUGCAAAGCUAAAUCAGUCCCAUAUCUAAAAUACCCCCAACUUUUCAGAGUUCACUUCGGUGAUACUAGUUUGGAAGAAACUGAUCCGUAUCGGAAAAUCCGCAAGAGGUGUGGGGAGAACCUCGUCAAUGAUACAUAUGAAGGGUUGGAUGGCAUGGAGGAAGAAGGAGAGGAAGUUGACUCCCCGACAUGGAUGGUGAAGGCUCCAACGGCUGACGAGGGUGAGACCGAAAGUGAUGGUGACUCUAAGGAGGUCCCUCGGUGAAGGACACUUUUCAGAGGAGAGUAAAUUUCUAUGCACUUUUGUUUCACCACUUUAUUUGAUACUGCUAUGUGUCCUAUUCUCUGCCUGCGGAUAAUGAUAAUUGUGCAUAAUUGUUACGAGAUAAGUGUGGUAACUGAUGAUG